AUGCCUGCUCCUCACGUCUAUCAACUCACGGUCACCACCGGGUCCAUGUUCGGGGCAGGCACCACGUCACGGGUCGCCUUCCAGCUGGAAGGGUCAGAGGGCAAGACUGCGGUCAAGAUGCUGAACCCAGGAGGGGAGUCACUUGGAGAAGUGAUGUUGUUGCACAUCUGGCACGAUAACUCUGGGGAAGGUGACACGUCAUCGUGGUUCCUCGGAAGUUUUGUCGUCAGAGAUGUAGAGAAGGAUGUGGUACAUUACUUCACCUGUAAUGACUGGUUGUCGGAACACAAAGGUGAUGGUGAGUUACAGAAGGUGGUGUGCGCCAGCACCAAGAAGGAGCUGUCAUCCUUCUCAAACGUCUUCAACGAGGCAACCCGUGACGUGUUCUACGAUAAACAGCUGUGGGCGUCAGCCAUCGUAGCCGCGCCUGGUUCCAGCUUCACCCAGGCCCAGCGCCUGUCCUGUUGCUUUACUCUCCUGAACACCAUGAUGCUGGCCAGCGCCAUGUGGUACGGGACAGAAACCACAACUGCUGGCACAGCAGUGUUCGACCUGGGGUUUGUUCGUUUCACAAGAGAGGAUCUGUACAUCACCCUCAUGACAAUCCUGACUGUAUUUCCGGUCAAUCUGAUUAUUGUACAACUGUUCCGCAUGGAGGCGCCACUGAUUGUGAGCACGCCGGAGAUGACUAUCGGCACGUCCAAGCAAAGUCAUCUGCAGAAAUCCCUGCGCCGCCUGGCCAGGUACGCGGCGUGGGUAGCUGUGUUCCUGGUGUCCACCUGCUCCGCGUUCUUCGUCAUCCUGUACAGUAUGGACUGGGGCAAGGAGAGGAGUGACGCCUGGAUGAAGGCCUUUAUUCUGUCCUUCAUGGGGUCCAGUUGUGUAUUAGAGACCCUUCAGGUCUUUGUGCUCGGUGUGGUCCUGGCUGCCAUGUUUAGCCUCCCGUUCCUCGCCAGGCCCCCGGCUAUCCAGAAAGACGAGCUACAGCUGCACCUGUGGAACACUACAGUGCCAAAGAAACUCCGCCGGCCCGCCAAAGUAAAUCUCAAGUCGACUAAGAAGAAAAAGGAGCUAAAUAACAAGUCGGCUUCGACGCUGAUGGAGUUGUUCCUGCUGUUCGCCUUCGUGACCCUCCUGUUCUACAUCGCACAGAUGGACAAGGACACGCUGGCCUUCCACGAGAGGCAGACACUGCCCAGUAACAUUCUGAACGAGUAUGAUGCGAUCAGGAAACCUGACCAGCUGUACUCCUGGCUUGAGGAAGUUCUGUUGCCAACCCUCCACCCAUCAUCCUGGUACAACGGGCGGCAGAUGCGGUACUUGGACCGGCAGUUCGCACACAAUACCGCGGCCUUCCGCAUCGGCCCUGCACGUCUGGCACAGAUGAGGCAACAUCCAGGUGCCAUGACGAAGGAGAGGCAUGCUGGCCGAGGCUGGGAUGUUCAACCAGCUGGGAACACGUCUUGUACCAGUUGGCGAUUCCUCUUCCCUACCUUCUCAAACCACCCCAACUACUCAUCUGACUGCAAGAACAUUCACUCUCUCAACCUCCCUCUUGACUAUGACAUCGCUGUGUCGUUCAUUAAUGCUUUGAAAGAUUCCGAGUACUUGGAUAAAUACACAAAGUCCUUUACAAUCGACAUCAACUUCUACAACCCCAGUUUGAAGCUGUUCAGCGUUGUGCACAUGGUCCUAGACCAUUCUGGUAUAGGCAGUCUCAUGCCAAAAGCAACAAUCACGUUGUUUCGAUUGUUUCAAUACGAAAGCGUUAAUGAUUACUCUAGUCUGUUUCUUCAUAUCGUAUUCACACUUCUCUUCUUAGUCAUACUCUUCAAGGAGAUUAAGUCAUUGGUAAAUACCACAGGGUGGGUGUAUUUUACUUCUCCUUGGAAUGCUGUUGGAUGGUUCAGCCUCAUCAGUACGGCUACAACCAUCUCCGUCUUCAUCAAGCGGUACGCCGUGGCUGCUGAUACACUCGCCGUGGUGGCUAGGAGCAACGGAGAUCUGGGAUUUCAGGAAUAUGUGGACCUGACAACCGCUGCUUGGUGGGAUGCUUGUUUCAAACACGUCUUGGGUAUCGCCGUCUUCAUCAACACCAUCUCCUUACUGCGCAUCGUCCGCUUCAGUCAAACGAUCGGCAAACUCCUGGCUCUACCCGGCAUCAUGAAGGAGGAGCUCCUGUCGUUCUUGGUCGUUACUGUAGUUGCCUUCAUGGCCUUCAUCAGCUCCGGGUACCUUGUGUUUGGGAGCCACAUAGAGUCCUACUCGGACAUGUACCAAACAACUUAUGCACUAUUUGAGAUGAUGCUUGGCAGGUUUUUCGCCAAUGAAAUGCUGGAUUCCAACCCCAUCACCGGGCCGAUCUUCUUCUCCACAUUCAUGAUCUGCAUCUUCAUCCUCCUGAUGAACUUCCUCAUGACCAUCAUCUGUGACGCCAUUUCCGCUGACGUUGACGUCACCCAUGACCGUGAACUUGCCGAUCACGUGUGGAGGAGCUUCAAGGCCAUGUUGGGUUUCCACAGCCCACCAAACAAUCAGGACAAAACAGGUGCAUCAAAGAUUGAAGAGUUGCAGGCUAACCUACGCCUUCUUCAGGAGGGCCUUGAUGAAAGCCUGGACAUCUGUAACUCCAUCCUUCCCCGGGACAGCCGGAGCCGUCUCAACGUUAAAGUACCGUCAUUCCAAACACGUGCCUCUCGGAAGCACACCUGUCCAGUCAUUGAUACUGAGUGUAAAGUGACAAUACAUAUGGAACCAGCAUCAGAUUCGGAUUCACAGUUCUAAAUAAUGUCAUUUUACUUACCGUUAAUCAUGGGUGGCUGUAAAUAUGUUUUAACGGCUUGAAUCAGUUGAUUUGUAUAUCUGUGAUUACAAGUAAUCGCACUCUAUAAAGUUCAGUAAGAUAGUUUUGAACUGUGUUAUAAACUGUUGUGAUAGGAUUGUAUAUAAGCAGUUUUGUAAGUAAUUAUAAUGAAGGGGUUAUCAAAUAUUCUAUGGCAUAUCAGUUCAACUGUUUUAUGAUAUACGAGUGUAGUAGUUAUAUCGUUAGCUGUUAUCCUAUUAUAAUGUGCAAUGUUGGAAAUUAAUGCUUGUUUAAAUGGCAAGUUUAACCAUCAAAUCUGAAUUGUUCUGUAUGUAUAUAAGGCAACAUACUUACUCUGUAAGUUCCUAACGUUGUUGUUGGUACGAGACGACCCAAUACUAUGUUUUUUUUUAAUUCAAUAAACUUUCUGUUGAGUGGUUCUAUGUAACGAAAUGUGAAUUGGAGUACAUCAGUCUGCAAUUAAGUCGAAAAUACUUAAGGAUAAAACAAUGUACAAUUCAGUCCACAUCACGCGGCUUCCCCGGCGCCCAAGGUCAUAUUGCACCAUUAGGUAAUCCAUACGCCCUACAGUAUUUUGAAAAGAAAAUUGGAUCCAUUUAUAGAGACAUUAUUAUAUUAUCCAACGUCUUCUUAUUUCACAAAUACAGAUGAAAAUUUGGACGCGAUAGCCCUUCGUAUUGUUACAAUUUAUGUACAGAAAUUGUAAACACGAU